AUGACUGGACCACUAUUCCACAAGCAUACUGAAUAUCACGCAUUCAUCAAUUUGUUGGAUGCUUUGUUUGCACAACACCGAGACCGACGUUUUGCACGCUAUCAAACGGCCAAUGGUGAAUACAAGGAACUCACCUAUGAGCAAUUUGAUCGCAUCACCACCAACCUAGCAUGCCGUUGGCACUCGCAGCUUGCUUCAAUUGAGUCAAUGGGUUUUAUUGCCGAUCACUCAAUCCAUUAUCUUGUUGCCAUGGUUGCUAUCAUGAAGCUGCGUCCUGUGUUGAUGGCACUUUCUCCACGCAAUUCGGAAGCUGCAAACGUCAACUUGUUAACCAAGACCGAAUCCAAGUUUGUGAUCGCAAGUGAAAAGUACGCUGAUAUGGCUAAGCGUUGUGCUGCACAAGUCCCAGGUGUCAAUUACCACAUCAUGCCCAAUACCUUUGAUAUCGAUUCGCUCAUCAACGAACCUCUUGCCGCCAACGAAUCCAAGUUGAUCAACCGCCAAUUUACAGCUGAAGACCAAGAAAAGAUUGCCUUGAUCAUUCACAGCUCGGGUACAACUUCCUUCCCCAAACCUAUUCGCUUAAGCAACCGCUAUCUUUUCAACUUGGUCCAAGUCAUCCCCUAUGAUGUUAAUCAAUUGUCACCAGCAAAGGGAUUUGGAUCCGAUGAUGUAUUUUUGGCUGCCUUCCCAUUGUUCCACGUCUUUGGUGUCUAUACCGCUUUUAGCGCCUUGAUGCAUGGUGGAAGUACAUUAUUCUUCGCCAAGAUCCCACCCACCCCACACGAGAUUGUGUCUGCUAUUGAGGAACAUGGCGUCACGCUUGCUGGUUUGGUACCAGUUAUCUUGGAUCAGCUUGCUUUGUAUCUCAAGGAGACCGGAAGGUUUGUUCCUUUGCAAAAGUUAAAGUUCAUUGAAUAUGGUGGUGCACCUCUCAAAUACGAAACCGGUGCCUAUUUCCAUGACAACGGUAUCAAUGUGCGCAGUGUGUAUGGUACCACAGAAAUCAGUGCAUCCUUCACUGCAAACCACGAGGAUGAAAAAUAUUGGUAUACAAUGAAACCAGUAUCACUCCUUCAAGACUAUGUCCUUUGGGAACCUUUUGACGAGAAGCUUGGAUUGUACCAUCUUGUUCUCAAGGCUGAUUCACCUUGUAUGGCUACAGGUGUUGGUAAUCGUCCCAACGGUGAUUAUGCUACCAAUGACAUCUUUGUGGAGGAGCCAGCAAACUCGGGCUAUUGGAAGCACUGUGGCAGAAAGGAUGAUACGCUUGUAAUGGAAAACGGCGAGAAGACCAAUCCAACACCCAUGGAAGCAACCAUCUGUGCCUCGCCUAUUGUAAAACAUUGUACGGUGAUUGGUGAAGGUCGUCAAUGUACCGCUGCUUUAAUCCAACUUGACUUGGAGCAGGCUAUUCGCCACAAUCCAGAAGGCAUGAUGGCAGAAGUAUACAAGGCUGUUGAAGAAGCCAACAUGGAUGCUCCUGGUCACUCUACGAUUAUGCCACAAAUGGUGCACGUACUUCCCCUUGACAAGCAUCUCCCUACCACUGACAAGGGUACCGUAAAGAGAAAGAAUGCCAUCCAGAUCUAUGAAGACGCUGUCAAUGCCAUGUACAAGGCCUUUUUGGAAGGUGGUGCAUCAUCAAGCGAUGGGCAAGAUGGUGCCAGUAUGACCCUUGAACAAACCCAAGUCUUCCUUGCCAAUGCUGCUGCAAGUGUGCUACGUACCAAGGAUGCUACCUUUUUUGCCGAGCACAAGGAUGAUUCAUUGUUUGACUAUGGUCUUAAUUCUUUGCUCUCGAUCCAACUUCGAAACCAAAUUGCUACCAAGUUUAACAAUGUGGCCAACAAUUUCCUCUAUGAGCACCCUUCUAUUGCUGAUAUGGCGCAUACUCUCAAGAAUGAAGAUGAAUUGCAAGCCGACAAGACUGAGGAGCGUUAUCAAGAAACCCAACGUUUAUUGGAGGCUUACCUUGAGCGUGCAAGUACUGAUUUCCCUGAACGUGCUGUUACAAAAUCCGUUCCUUCCAAGCAUGUGGUAUUGUUGACUGGUGCAACCGGUUCGUUGGGUUCGUUUAUGUUGCGUGACAUGUUGCAAUCAUCCAACGUGAGCAAAGUGUAUUGUUUGGUGCGUGGCAAGCCUGAUGCAUUGAUGGGUCGUUUACGUAAGACGUUUGAGGAUCGACGCUUGGAUGUAUCCCUUUUGGACCAACAUGCUGACAAGGUUGAAGCAUUGCCCAUGAACCUCACUGCCGAGUACUUUGGAUGGGGCAAGGACGUUUACGAAAAGUUGCGACAAGAAGUGACCUUGGUGCAAGCCUGUGCCUGGUUAUUGGAUUUCAAUCAACCUGUAUCUCACUUUGACAAGGAAUGUAUUCAAGGCUUAUAUCGCUUAUUGCAGUUUGCAUACCGCCCUGUUGAUCCCAUGCAUGUACACGUGGUUUCCAGCAUUAGUGCUACAGCUGCUAUGAAGACGAAAGAGAUCCCUGAGGAGCCUUCUGAACAAGACCCACAUGUAACGAUGCCCAUGGGUUAUGCACAUUCCAAGUACGUUGUCGAGCAUUUGUUCCAUUACUUGACCGAGCAAAAGGGAUUCCCUUGUAUUGUUGAACGCAUGGGACAGGUUUGCGGGGAUUCGAUCAACGCUUCAUGGAAUACAAGCGAACAGUACCCCCUCAUGAUGAUCGGCGGUGCAUGCGAGCUUGGUGCUAUGCCCGAUUUGCAAACCAAUGUUAUUGAUUGGCUUCCUGUGGAUUAUGCUGCUCGCAGUAUCUUUGAUGUCAUGAUUUCUACCGCUGACAAGGACGCAAGCCAUCUCGUCGAGAAUCACGAACUUGUAUUCCAUAUUGUCAACCCAACUACUAUCACUUGGACGGACGUCCUUAAUUCACUCAAGGCUUGUGGUCUCGAAUUCAAAACGCUACCACCCAACGAAUGGGUUCAGCUAUUGAGCAAGCAUCAAGAAAACCCUGCUUAUCGUCUCAUGUCCUUUUAUGAAGCCAACUUUAGUGGUCCCUCGAUGCAAAUGCCUAUUUGGCAAACUACCAAGACUGUCAAGACUGCACCUGUUCUCGGAGAAGCUCCUGCUUUUGGUCCAGCUCUUAUGCAAAAGCAUCUCUCGUAUUGGGCUAGCAUUGGCUUUUAUAAAAACACCCAUCAAUAG